AAACAUGCCACCUCGCCCACAUGACCCUUUCAAUGAUGCACCGCGGCGUCCUGCAUCGCGCGCAACAAACCACUUGCACGACACAUACAGUUCUGGAGGCCACGCCCUGCGCGCUAACUCGGCCGCACGCAGCCUCUUUGCUCCAACUCUCUCACGACGUCCGACUGCGACUGGUCCAUCCUCGACGCAUCUGAACGAAUUGGUCCUCGAAGACUCGGAUGACGCAGGAGACAGGAUGAGCAGGCGUGCUGCCGCUGCUAGUAGGGCGACCCGGACCAGACGAGCCAGAGCAGCCACCGAGACAACCAUUGAACCCGACGAAGAAACCCAGCCCGAGCCUCUUGGAGAUAUGGUCGUGAGAGACGAAAGAGGCAAUUAUUUGCAUGAGGUUCCCCCUCUAGGCGAGCAAAUCAAUAGCGCAGAGGAUGAAGACCUCGAAGACGAACGACGUCUGACGGCUCUCGUACAAGAAUAUUGGGCAUCUGGCACUGCCGCCGGUGGAAGGAACAGCAAGAGAUGGGACGAGCAUGAAGUCAUGACACGACUACGAGACUCCGUCGGCAAGACGCUGAUCAACGAGCAGUGGCUGUAUGAGCCGAGUGAUUACAUGAAGGCAUUGUUAGUCGAGAACCACGGACGCGUA